GUGGAAAUAGGGGUAAAGGAGGCCUUUCAUCUUUUCCAAAGAUGGGCGACUCAAUACGAAUCAAGGAAGCUUUUGCUGAAGCCAGCGAGUUCCUGAAUCCCGUCCUUCAACGAGACGAGAUCCACAAGUCCCGCGGGAAGUCUCUAUUGGAGAUCCUAGGCGAGGCGCAAUGCGAUGAAAAUGAACAGAAAGGCAUCGAACUUAUAAGGAGGGAGGUUAUCGCCAAAGCCUUGGACAUCCUAAGUCGCAUCCACAUCGCUUUUGUCGCCCCGCCCAAUGACGUCGAAUCGUCCAUCCAAGAUGGUAAGGAUACGGAAGAUGCUGCGCUGGAAGAUGCAAAGCGACGUCGGAUGCUGCAUGCACUGCUGGAUCUGAUUUCCCUCGAGGGCAUUUACCCCUCUCUGUCGAAAGGAGUCUGUAUACCUCUGCAACAGAGGGUUAUUUCGGUGUUGCCGGCGGGUGUCAUUGCUCAGCAACAGCAAGUCCGCGCGCAUGACCAGCCUGAAGAUGAGCUCCUGCUUGGGAACAUAUGGUCAGCUCUUUCGAAGGUUACAUUCGAUGUGCGGCCGAGUAUCCAGCCUGUGGUCCGGGGCCGGAUUCUGAGCGAUAUCAUCAGCGCAGUUUCGGAUCUCGCGUAUAAUUCGAGAACUCUCUCAGACGAUAAGAAGGAUGAGUGUGGCCGAGAUUUGGUCAGGAUCAUCGAAGAGACACCCAGCCCCAUUCUGCUAUCGACAUUGUCCAACUUCCUGCAAUCAGACCCAGCUCCAUGGUUCAGGUCCAUAGUCUCGAGCCAGCUGUCCCAGAUCCCACUACGUCCUGGUGGCGUGGUCCAAACCAUGGUUUUCUUGGCCUCUCAGUUGGCUCCUUCUCUGGGAAAUGAAGCUCAUAGCCAGGCAUCUCAUGGUCCCGUCUUCACGGUGCAAGCGAUUAUGCAGACAUCUCGCCUCUUGUCUUCGGUACCACAGGGCAUGGAUCCGAAAGUCUACUUUUCUAAUAUAGCACCACAACUCUUGUCACUGAUCGAUGGCGAUGACCCAGAUCUAAGGAAGACUGCAGCAUACGUUAUCGGCAACGGCAUUCUCGGCAAGCGGGCCUACGGGGCCCCUGGGACUAUCGGGCAUUCGAUAUUCUUGGAGCCCAUUUUCAAAGCUCUUACCGCAGGAAUUGAUGCGGCCUCAAAACCCUGGAUAGCUCCUAAUGACGAUGAACAUGAUGCAUCAGAGCAAAUUCUAGUCAACGAUUCACUAUUGUUGCGAGCUGUUGACAGGCUGCGAAGCUUGGUCCUCCAGCCUCCAAACCCAAGCCUCGUGAGAAGGGUGGUUCAUCCAGUCCUUCUCCCACUCUGGGGCUUGGCAUGCUAUGCACUGGAGCAGCAGCAAACGACACUCCACGAGAAGAUCUUGACCGUAUUACAGACCUACUUUGGCAUAUCAGUCGGGUUACAGCCUUUACAGAAGCUCGUCGAUAAUCUGCUCUACGAUGGCGGGCCCACCUGGACUUACAUCUCAGACUCGAAGAAACACUGCGUAUCAUUGCAAAAGCGCAACCCCAGCGAAUCGAACCGCAACAUUGUCCGACUCGUCGACAUACUGCAGUCCCGCGCCAAAUUAUUCGUUAGUUUGCUGGGCGCCGAUCCCAGCAGCGAGGAACGGACAGCAGAUAUCUUCCUCUACGUCAGUGAAAGCUGGCUCGUGAAACCCUCCACUGGCGAGCGCACUUUGGACCGAUUGCGGCUGUCCAAGGAGGAAGACGACUUCAGCAAGAUUUUACACAAGCUAGUCAGCGCCAAAUUGGCAGAAACACUACUCGAGAACUUCAAAGAUGCGCUUUCCCGGCGCCCUCUCAGGGUUCUCGAGCUCAUCAAGCAGAUCAUCGACGGCGAGUUGAACCGCGCAUACCACCAGAGCAAGAGGACCAUGGGCCAGCGAUCCGGAACGGUAUCCCUCUCAUCACUGGCCAACAUCGUCGACCCCGAAGACGCCGGAAAGGAAGACGCUGCAGCGGAAGCAGAUUCCGCCGAAUCGCUACCUGCUGUGUUCAGUCUGCUAUCCACCGUCCUUGCAUCUCCCGAAUUCACAACGUCCCAAGAAACACUCCCAACCCUCGAAGCCAUCAAAUCGAAGCUCGAACACCUGAUUCCCCAUCUCCCCUCUUCCCUCUCCAAGCCCGCAACCACCGCCUCCAUGCUCGUCGAAAUCCACCUCACCCUCCCCGAAGGACCGAGCCCCUCCAAGCCAUCACCCCAAACAUCCGACUUCGACACGCACCGCCGCGCCCUCGCAAAUCUCAACUCAGACCUCCCCCCAAUCCAGGCAGAAGGCUUCUCCCUCCUCUCCAGCCUCAUCACCAAAGCGUCCCCGGUCCUCGACAUCCCCUCCACCCUCACCCUCCUCCUCACCAUCCUCACCUCCCCACCUCAAACCCCCACCCACAACGACGACGAAUUCACCUACCUCAAUGCCAUCAAACUAACCGGCACCCUCGCAUCCCGACACCCACGCACGGUCAUCAAAACCCUCGUGGACCGCUACAUCGACCGAACGGAAAGCAACACCCUCGACCAACGCCUCAAAAUCGGCGAAUCCCUCACCCGCACCGUCCAAGACCUCGGCGAAGCGCUCACCGGCGAAACGGCAAAGAUCCUCGCCGAAGGCAUGAUCGCCGUCGCUGGUCGACGGGCGCAUAAACCGGAAGCUCAACGGGCCAGAAAGCAGCAACUCGAGAAAGAGAAGCGGCGGAUAGAACGCGAGGCGAGGCAGAAUAGGGAACCUGUUAUGCCCGCGGGAUGGAGUAUACCGAAAAUCGAAGAAGUAACAGACCACGGCGACGCGGAAGACGAAGACGAAGACUCCGACACCGAAUCCCCUGAACAGGCGGCCCACGCCGCGAACAUCAUCUCCGCGUGGGCCGCGGGCGCAAACUCAGACGAAGAGCCAGAUGACCUCCGCGUGCGCGCAUCCGCACUAUCUAUCCUCGCGACCGCAAUCCAAACGAAUAUCUCCGGCCUCGGCCCCGCAAUAAUCUCGUCAGCGGUGGAUCUCGCGCUCGCGACACUCACCCUCGAAGCAGACAUCGAGUCCGCGAUUCUCCGACGCGCGAGCGUAGUCCUUCUCCUGGAUAUCCUGAAAGCUCUCGAUACGGAUCGCGAAAACCGGGGGAGCCAGGCUCUGAGCUUUGGGUUCUCGCUGUCGGAUGAGAUGGCUGCGGGUGGUGGUAGUGGUGGGAAGGGCUGGAACGAGGCGGGGAGUCGAGGACUGACGACGGUGGGGAAUAUCCCGCACAUGUUGCGCACUUUGAAGUUUGUGGAGAGUUGUGAGACGGAUGUUAUUGUUCGGGGGCAUAUUCGGGUGUUGAUUGAGAGUUUGGAGGCUUGGUUGGAGAAGUCGUUGUUGUGGGGGAUGGGGAUUGGGGUGCGAGAUGAGGAGGAGCCGAGGUUGGAGUUGGGGGAUCGUAUUGCGGGGCUUCAGAUUAAUCCUUUGUCGGAUAGAAGUGAAGGGAUGCGGCCUAGGAUUGAAGAGAUUGAAUAGUUUACUUGAGUGUGUUGUCAGUCUUUUAAAGGCAGAUGCGUGAAUGAAGAUACAUUUUACAGUUCGGUUUGCGAUGUUAUAAUCUCAUUUUAUCGAAGCCCUGGAUUCUUAAAUCCGAUAGGUAGACCUAUGUAGAUGGGGGGGCAAUGUAAUUAACAAGCUGAUAGUAGCGAGAAGUCACUGGAUAUCAUAUCACGAGUAUCAGGAAAUGAACAGAAAUGCGAAAAGACCCUCCCGGCCUUGUAGAAUAACACCUUGCGAGCCAUAUAUUCGCGCGAGCGUCACCGACGGACCCGAAAG